AUGGCACAUUCAAGAAGUAGUGCUGGCGGCUCUAAUAACAUGAGCAAUCAGAACCUUCACUUGAAUGAGUUUAUCAUACUUAGUAGUAACGAAUCAAGUUUCCAGGAUGGUAUCCAGAUACGGGAUCAUGCCCAAGGCUUGAAGUUUGCCUCGAUUAAUUCUGAAACUUAUACUGGGGUGGACUUUUUACCUAACAACUUUACAACCAAUGAAUUCCCGCCCAUAAAUUCUUCUUCCCCCAAUGAAUCCUUUUAUAAUAAUUUUGUUCCCUUAUCACCACUUUCAAUACUACAGAAGAAACAAUUACCAGUUGCGGAUAGUCCGACACUUCAAUACAUCACACCAAAGAAGUUGUUGGACUCAUUUGAAAAAAGACUGCCCAAAAGACAGAGAUCAAAUGAAGAUGCAGAUAUUAACGGGAACCAAAAGAAAAAACUGAAAGCUCAACUUGAUCCAAGAGAGUUUGAACACUAUAGUGAAAGGCAAGCCCAAGAAUUCGAAAGAACGAGAUACGAUUUCAUAUGUGGAGUACCAACUGCAAGACGUAAAGAAUGUAGGAGAAACAUUGGGUGCAAAGCCCAUUCGUUCGAAACUAAAUCGAAAAUUUUGAGAAGCAAACCUUUAUCAACACUACUUAUUGAAGAUGAAAAAAAUUCGAAGGAGACUAGAUUAAGAAGAGUUCAAAUGAAAAAGUAUUUUAGUUUGAAAGAAAAGUAUAUUGCUUUUAAAGUAGAGUCACCAAAGGAGGAUCCUCAUCAUCAUCCUUAUGUGAAGAAAUGGAUCAGCUCGUCCUUGAACACAAGUAUUGCUCCUUCAAUAACCAAGACCUCAACCCCAAUCCCUAGCCGAACCCAACUACCGGAAGCUUCUUCUGAGCAAUAUAGGCUAUUACCAAAUAAAGGAACGCUUAGUGAGCCACCGAAGCAAAUUAAAGGGGAUAAAAUGAAAGAUUUCACUAAAAAUUUGGCUCAAAGCUCAAACGAAAAGUCUGCUACCGUUGUUGCUUUUCUUCAUCUUAAGUUAAAACCACUUCAAAAUGUCUCUGUUGAUGAAAGAUGUAUCGAUUUGCUUAAUAAUUUUGCAGCAAAUCUACAGAAAAAAACCAAAAAUCUCAAAUAA